UUCCGGGUAGGAGGACCAGACGGGGCUGCUGUGCAGUGAAUGUAAGCUGGAGGCGGUUGAGCGCGAGUCCCCGGCUUCAGGCACACCGUGUAGGCCUCGGGCCAAAAGGAGGGGAGUGUGGGAAGGCUCCUGGCCCGGCUCCUGUCAUGUCGGAGGAGGGUGGCUGAGAGACGUGACAAAGAAGCAGAACAAUGAGCACGUGCCGUUGGUGUACUCCUGGCGGUUCUGUAACCGUCGACCUUUUGAAUAAGUAUGCAGCAGGGGAGUUGCACGGCACAGAUCUUCUUGGAGCCAAUGAUGACCUCUGUUACUGUAUGGAGUGUGUUCUGGAAUACCACCGAGCACGAGAUGGAUCUCCAAAUUUGCACAAGACGCUGUGGAAUCUGGAAACAUCCCGUGUCAUUGCCCAGCUCGAGAAAUCUAUGCAUGAAGAGAUAGACGAAGAUGAUGAGCUCUUCUUCGUGGACGAAGAUGGAGAGAAACCGAUUUUUGGGUACACAGGCCCUAACUUUGAAAGCAAUGUUCGAGUACCACUUCUGGAAUCUCUCAAGUAUCCUUAUUUAUUACUCAACCAACGAGUCAGUGAGCUUUGCGUUGAAGCAUUGUGUAAGAUGGAACAAGUCAACAAUCCUUUUCAGGUGUAUGAGAAACUUGCCGGGGUGUAUUUACUAUUGGUACAUCCAAAUGAAAAUAUUCGACGUUGGGCCAUCUUGACUGCCAGGGCCCAAGGAAAGGUAGAACGAGAUGAUUACUAUGACUUGCAGGAAGUCUUCACCUGUCUCUUUAAGGUUAUUGAGCUGGGUCUCUUUGAAAACCCUGAUAUCUACAGCACAGAGCUAGAGCAAGGAAAGCUAAUACUUUUGCCUCCGCACUUGUAUGAUGUAAACAACUACAAAAACUACUGGCUGGGAAUUUGCAUGCUUUUGACAGUCCUCGAGGAACAAGCCAUGGAUUCAUUAUUGCUGGGACCAGACAAACAAAACUUUUUGCAGUCCAUUCUUCACGUCAUGGAAAAGUACACUGAAGAUGAAAAGCUUAAUCCCUUCUGGCCAGCCCUGCAUUGUUUUAUGAUGAUUCUUGAUCGUUUGGGAUCCAAAGUGUGGGGGCAACUGAUUGAUCCUAUCCAAGCAUUUCAAACAAUCAUCUCAAGUCCCAGUUAUAACAACGAGAUUGAAAACGUUCGGGCAAGCUACAAUAGGCCAAGUAAGAGUGAGCCAGACCCUAGUGAUGAUGAAGACCUUGUAACAUGUAGCCAGAUGGUGUACAGUUUUAACACAGAAAAGAAAAAAAAGGAUACAGGAUGGAAAAAGGCAAUUUGUCCUGACUACUGUCCUAAUAUGUAUGAAGAAAUGCAAUGUCUUGCCAACGUACUACAGUCUGAUAUUGGUCAAGACAUGCGAAUCCACGAUAGCACUUUCUUGUGGUUUGUUCCAUAUGUACAGUCUGUCAUGGACCUGAAGGAUCUGGGGGUCGCUUACAUCAUUGAAGUGAUCCACCACUUGUAUUCAGAAAUAAAAGACGUAUUCAAUCCGAGAAAUCCACAGUCUGAUAAGGUUACCGAACUUUUCAUUCUGGUUUUGGUGUCGAUCAUUGAACUCCACAGAAAUAAAAAGUGCCUUCAUUUACUUUGGGUAAGCUCACAUAAGUGGGUGGAAGCCCUUGUGAAAUGUGCCAUGCUUCCUACCAAAGAUCAGCAGCUCAGGAGUAACUCAAGAAUAUCCUCAAAUUCAUUCUUGCCAUUGUCUCCCACCUCUCAGUCAGGAUCUUCUGUCCAGUAUUCUUGUAUGCUGUUGAUUCGAAGCCUAUUGCGAGAAGGUUACCAGCUUGGCCAGCAAGCAGCUUGUAAACCAUAUCUGGACAAACUGAAUCUCCUCAUUCGGGCAAACGUAUGUCGAACUCUAGAGCUCAGCAAACCUGAAGCUCAAGGUUUACAAAUGUGCUUGACGCAGAUUAUUAAAAGCAUAAAGGACAAAGUAUCAUUAAGUCCUAACUCUCAUUUAGAGCAGGUUUUAACGAACAAAACACAGUCUGUACCCUUCAUAAAGAUUGAAAGGAUGGAAGAGGAUGACGACAUAUGGUACGGCUCAAGCUGCACUUCUUCACUUCACCCUGUUGUAAAUUCAUCAUUGUGUGUGAAAAAUGAACUUCCGGAAUCAAGAACAUCAGAGGAAAAGUUGGAUCCUUCUACACCAGGCUGUAGUUCUGUUACCACAAUUAAUGUCAAAAAGGAAAUUCCUGAUAGCAUAAAAUAUGUAUCUUCUGCCCAGAAUGGGUGUUCUUCCACUGUGCUGCCAAAUAUAAAAUCAAAAAAAGACCUAAGUGGUUGGCAAUCCAAAUUAUCUAAGGUAAUGGAAAAGACUUUACUUCCGAAAAGUAAAAGAGUGAUUUCCGCCGAUGAGCAAAACACUAAUGGUAGUACAUAUAAGAGCCAAUCUAAAACACUGCUGCCUCUUAAAGUACAAGUUAAAACAGAGCAAUGUGACCAGUGGCUCAUAAAACCCAAGGAUGUUAAAAGUGAGAACUUUACUCCAUCAGAUCUAAAAAGAAAGUUGAGGGAAGAAGAUGACGAUGGCUCUACUGUAGCAAGACCACUGGAAAGGCUGUCACUGGAGCCCAAGAGCCCAGAAAUGAUGUCCGUUUCAGUAAAGGAAUUUACUUUAGAUCAGGAAAAUAAAUCAUUGGCUUCUGAUAAACCACAAAAUAACUGUAGACCAAGCUCGACAAGUAUUGAUGAUCCUGGGGAGGCAGAGGAUGACGAUGAUAUUCCUUUGACUGAGAUUAAGAAAAAAUUGUUAAAAAGCCACACAAAAACUUUGAAAAGAACAAAUUCACAAGUGGAUCACGAUCUUGACCAUUUGUCUUUAGCAGCCCAUGCUAAGGUUCUGAGUUUUCCUGGUGACUCAAGCCAGGACACAUCUUCACAAGAGCCCUCCCAAAUUGAAAGGAAGGUUAAGGGAGCAAUGAGAUCUUCGGUCAUUGACGAUUCUUCAUCUGAUACAGACACAUCUUCAAAUCAGGUCAUAACGAUCUCAGACAACUCUUCUGAGGACGAAAUAAAGCCAUUCAUUAUGAGUAUAAAAAAAGAAAAAAAUAAAGACUGGUCUGCCAGUUCUCCACCUGAAGUUUCCAAACUGGGAAAUGAAGUCCAAGUAAAACCCGAACCGUCUUCUUCAACUUGUGAUGAAUACAAUUCACAGCUCUUUGAGUUUGAAACACAAGAUGACAUAUUUUCUGUUUGGGGAGACUCUCAGGUUGACCAAAAAUCUUCAUCUCCUGAGCAAGCAAUAAAAAGUUCAAACCAAAGUCCCGAGACCAACAAACCAACAAAUAGUAAUGGCUUUGAUCUGAGUGCUGAUUUCAACCAGUGGGGUUAUGACACCGACUAUAUUUGUGAUGAAGUAAUUGAGAAAGCAGUAGAAGAUGCAGAGAAACAGUUUAAGUUGUCUAUGACCUCUACAAACAAAAAAGAGCCUAAAGAUGAAAAGUGUUGUGAAAAGAACUCAAGUGAAAGGUUCAGCUCUAAACAGUUCUAUGGCAAACAUUCACAUAAAUCAAAUAAGUGGAAGUCUCUGGCUGUUCCAAAGAAGGAGUCAUUGUCUCCAGAAGCAUCUCUGAGCAGAAAAUCAGAAACUACUAUUUCUCAGAAAAUAAGUAAAUCAAAAGCACACCGAACAAAAAGUCCUGUCAAGGCACGUUUAGAAAAUAGAAAACACAGCAGUCCCCGUAAACCAACACUUGCUGUGGUUCCUCCCCAAAAAAUAAGAGUUUGUCCUGAGCCAGCCUCGACUGCAGAAAGACUUGGUUUGAAAAAAGCACCGCGCAAAGCUUUUGACUUGUCACAGCGGUCUCUUGAUAGCUUGGCAGAACUACGGGACUAUGGCAAAUCAGCAGGAAAGUUUAAGCCAGACAGACAAAAAACAAAGCUCAUCUCUCCCAAGUCUUUAUUAGUAAAAGGGAACAAGAAAUUGUUGGCUUGUCAAGAUCUUCAGUUUUACCGGCAGUCAAGACCCAAGGAGAUUAAAACAGGACAGAACGAGACUAAGAAAGCAAAACAGACAAGUGUACCCGAGAAACACAAUAGAAAGGUUAAUGAGGCAAAAGAAACCAUGACAAGGGACAAUAACGAGACUGAAAGUUUUUCUGUCCAAAGUAAACUCAAGCACAGGAAUAGCACUGAGACAAAUCCCAGCAUGCCAGGGAAAGAAGAACAAAAGGUUGGAGAAUUUACUUCAACUAAAAAUAGUGAUUCUGCUGAUUUGAAGCAGAACGUUACUGAUGAUACAUUGACAGAAAUAGUUAAGAAGGCUUCUUCACCGAAUGACCAUGCUAUUUCUUCUCUGUCUUCAACUGUGAAUGAUUUCACUAAUAACAAAGGGGAGGAGGAGGAGGAGGAGGAGGAGGAGGAGGAGGAGGAUGAUGAUGAUGAUGAUGAUGAUGAUGAUGAUGGUCUUCAGUUAACCCAAGCUGACCCUGUUGACAUGGAGGUAUGUUCUCAAGAAGAAUAUGACAUCGAAAUGGGGAUUUUUGAAGACAAUGAAAAAUGUAACAUUGUCGAGUCUUCAGCAUCCGUUCCCGAGACUACUGAGAAACAGACAUGCAAACACACAGAUUGUUCAGAGGCUCUCUUUUCUGGAGAUUAUUGUGUUAAACAUACUAUACCUGGAAAAGUAGACGAUCAUGUGUUUGCUAAACCAGGUUUGCCACCCUCUUUUCAAAAAUAUUCCAAGCCUUCUACAACAAAGAUUUUCAAUGCUAAUCACACUUCCAGGUCUGCUGCUCUCUCAAAGGAUCUUGAAAACAUCCCAAAGAUUCCUUGUGUUUCGAAGUCUAAAGCUCCAUCAUCAAAGCCCCCUGUACCAAGACCAAUCCUGCCACCUAAUGCCCAAAAGGGAACUUCGGUAACACAAAAUACAAAUAGUGUGUUGCAGCCACUGAUCAAUCAGAAUAACCUAUAUCCCCAAACGUAUUUAGCAGUUACUUCAGAAACCGGGAAGCUUCCUCAGUAUCAAACAAAUUAUCGCCCAGUACAGCAUGUCCCAGCGUGGCUUAUGAAAGAGGUUCUGCAUUGGAAGUAUGAAAUGUUUGACAAUGUAUCUCAAUUUGGACCUCCCAAGAACCUGUGCCCAUUACCCCUCCUAAAGGUCCCUCUUCUGUUUUCUGGCUAUGAAGAGUACUUCAAUGUUUUCUUUCCGCUGAUGUUGCUGAACACCUUUGAAUCUCUGGCACAGGAUUGGGUAACAAAACAGCGAUUGAUCAAUUCCCAUAUAUGCAAGCUGCAGUUACAGAAUUUCUGCCUUGAUAGUCAGGUGAAUCGUGGAGAUUUUCAAGUUUGGUUUCGGGAUGCAGACUUGAACAGUCAACGUCACCCAAAGGAAGACGACUUGGUAUUUCUAAUUACACCGGACCCCAGCAGCAGCAUUGCAGGAGACGAAUCCAGUGUGCCUUCUACACUCGUAUAUCAUACAGGCUAUGUAUCCCGCUUUACUCGUUCCCAGCGGACACAGAUGUUGGACAAGGAGCAGUAUACGCUGUGCGACCUUUGUAUCCACACUUAUGGGAACCUGUCCGGAUGCCGCAAUGAGCAAGUACAGUGCGUGGUGAUAGGAAGUUUAGUCACCACACAAAGGCAAUGCAAAGCACUGGUUCAGCUACAGAGAAACCCAUUCUUUAGGCCAAUCAUCCAUCCCAAUCCCACAGAUUUCUUGCCAAGGGAUAAAAUAACCAACCAGGUCUCCAUGUUCCCCAGCCUGAAAGAAUAUAACAGCGACCAGAGAUCUGCUAUAGAAAAAGCCUAUGCAAUGGUGAAACAGCACCCACGACUACCGAGAAUAUGCAUGAUCCAUGGGCCACCAGGCACCGGCAAAUCCAAGACCAUAGUCGGCCUCCUGUAUAGAAUUCUGACGGAGAAGAGCAACACAAACAUGCCGGAUCAAAAUCUCAAUGCCAAGAACAAAAGAAACAGAGUUUUGGUUUGUGCACCGUCCAACGCCGCCAUUGAUGACCUCAUGAAGAAGAUAAUACUGGAGUUCAAAGAAAAGUGUCAGGACAAAAAUAACACACUAGGGAACUGUGGAGAUAUAAACCUGGUACGUCUGGGGUCCGAGAGAGUGAUUUCCAGCGACGUUGUAAAGUUUAGCCUUGACUGUCAAGUGAAUUACAGAAUCAACCGAGCUCAGCAUGAUAUUGGAUUACACAAGCAGAAAGAAGCACUGGACAGGCAGCUGGAUGAGCUUUGCCGGCAAAGAGCGAUGGAAAGAUGCAACAAGAACACUUGUGAUCAGCUAGAUGAGACUAUAUCCAGACUAUCCAAGGACAGGCAGCUGCUGGCAAAUACAUUGAGAGAGUUCCGCAGGCGUCCACAAGAGCUUCAGCGCAACAUCAUCCUGGAGUCUCACGUCAUCUGCUGCACUUUGAGUACCAGUGGGGGUUUCCUUUUGGAGUCUGCCUUCCGACAGCUGGGUCAGGAGCCAUUCAGCUGCGUUAUUGUGGAUGAGGCUGGACAGUCCUGUGAAGUAGAAAACCUUAUUCCGCUUCUCCACCGAUGUUCGAAAUUGGUUUUAGUUGGAGAUCCAGAGCAGCUGCCGCCUACAGUUAUUUCUGUGAGAGCUGAGGAAUUGGGUUAUGGGCAGUCUCUGAUGUCCAGACUUUGCAAGCAUUUGCAAAGCUUAAGUACAGAGUCACCAGUCCUGCAACUAACUGUUCAAUAUCGCAUGCAUCCAGACAUCUGCCUCUUUCCAUCAAACUACUUCUAUAAACGAAUCUUGAAGACAGACAGGGCGACCGAAGAAGUCAGGUGCUCCAUAGACUGGCCUUUCCAGCCGUACAUGGUGUUUGACGUGGUAGAUGGCUUUGAGAAGAAAGAGAGAGAAUCAUUUUCAAACCCUCAGGAGAUUAAAAUGGUAGUAGCACUUAUGAAACUUAUUAAAAGCAAGAAGAAGGAGUUUAGCUUCCGGAACAUUGGCAUUAUCACUCCAUACCGUGCUCAGAAGAUGAUGAUCAUCGAAGAGCUCAGGAAAGCAUUUGGAAAUGACCCUAUCCCAGGGGAAGUGGACACAGUAGAUGGUUUUCAGGGUCGACAGAAAGAUUGUGUUAUUGUGACAUGUGUCCGUGCCAACUCCACUCAAGGUGCUAUAGGGUUUCUUGCAAGUCGCCAACGUCUGAAUGUUACGAUCACUAGAGCCAAGUUUAGUCUUUUCAUCUUGGGCAGUCUCAGAACCCUUAUGGACAAUGUGGACUGGAAUAAUCUGAUCCAAGACGCACAGAAACGCGGUGCCCUUAUUAGAACUAAAGAGGAGACCUACCAGAAAGAUGUCAAUAAAAUCAUCAAGCUCAAACCUGUUGUUCAGCGUCCAUCUUUCCAUUCAAGCUCUAGACCUGAUGAUAGAAGUCGACAUAACUUAUCUCACACCCCUCAAAACAAACUACUAAGGGAGCCAAAUAAGCCUCCACGAAAUGUUCAGCAACCAACACAUAGGCAGCCUAUGGCACACCAGGCUGUGGACCACAGAAGGGAUCCAAUUAAAAACUUGCUUUGCACCUCUGUUGUUCCAACACCAUCUUCAGUUCCAACACCACCUUCAGCCACUAGAGAGAAGCCAAAAGACCCCAGGUUGGCACGUCGGCAGAAUAGCACAAGUGAACCACAGGGGAGCAAUGCUUUACAAGGGGAUUCUCCAUACAGUUCUACUGUAAAUCGUGAGCACCAUGGUAACCAUUACCCACCAUCUGCACCUUCAAUAACAGACAAUAGACAACCUCAGUAUCAAAACCCUGGAUCUGUCAACCGGGGUCAUGGACACUACUACAGAGACAGAGAUUAUCGAAUGCAAAACCCAAUCUCUGAAGCGGGCCACGAGGCCAAGAAGAGAAAGAUCCUCUAACUGGCUUUUCCUCAUGGUCUUCUAAUUGGCAGGACAUUGAAGUAAAAAAAACAAAACAAUACUGUUCUGUUUUGUAAAGUACUCCAAACCUUUGUAAUUAACCCUUUCUAUGCAAGAAUUCGAAAAGGGAAGGAAUCCCAGGUUCACCAAAAAAGUCAUUACCUGUUGAAACAAAUGGGAUUAUUGUAUAAUAAAUGUAAUUACUAGUGUAA